CAGGCCAUUCAGAAUGCGUUGCAACAUCUAUUGAAGAUAUUGAACGAUAACAAAUUCAUGCACGGUGAUCUAUGGCCCAUUAACAUCAUGCUGCAAGUUGAUGCCAAGGGCAAGCUAGUGGUCAACUUCGAUUGGGCGGGGAAAACUGGGAAGGUGUUCUAUCUCAAGCUGCGUAAUCAGGACAUCAGUUGGCCUGGUGAA